GGACUAAAAUGGCAGGCAAGAAGAAAGAGGCAAGCCUACAGGCAUCUGUCACGAACCAAGAACAGUGGGAGGAGAUGCUCGCAACCAAGGGGUUAACAGUUGUAGAUGUGUACCAGCAGUGGUGUGGCCCCUGUCGAGCUGUGGUCAGCCUCCUACGAAAAAUAAAGAACGAACUGGGUGAUGACCUUCUGCAUUUCGCCACAGUCGAGGCCGACAGCAUCGAUGCUUUGGAGAAGUAUCGGGGGAAAUGUGAGCCCACCUUCCUAUUCUAUGGGGGAGGCGAGCUGGUGGCUGUGCUGAGAGGGGCAAAUGCUCCCAUGCUUCAGAGGAUGAUUGUGGAGGAGCUGGCAAAAGAGAAGCUGGUCCUGGAACAAGGUGGUGAACGGAAAGCGGUUAAAGAUGAAGGUCUAGUGGAUAAGGAGAACAAAGAAGAGGAGGAGACGCCUCAGCUGUUAGAAAAUAAAGAAAGCAUCAUUGUUCCUGCCAGUAAAUCCUACACAGUUGCCAUCAUUAAACCAGAUGCUGUUGCUCACGGCAAGGCAAAUGAGAUCAUUAUGAAGAUGCAAGAUGCUGGGUUUGAGAUCUUGGCCCAAGAGGAACGCACCCUGACUGAGGCCGAGGCUCGAGAUUUUUACCAGCACAAAGCAGCAGAGACCUGCUUUGAGGACUUGGUGCAGUUUAUGUCCAGUGGUCCCUCCCAUAUUCUGGUACUCUCUCAGGCAGAGGACUCAGCUAACGUUGUACCCGCAUGGCGUGAGUUCAUCGGCCCUGCAGACAUAGAGGAAGCCAGAAGAGAAAAGCCAGAAAGCUUGCGGGCACAAUACGGCACAGAGACACUGUUCAACGCAGUGCACGGUAGUGAGGACAGCGACCAGGCCAGCAGGGAGCUCGCCUUCUUCUUCCCCAACUUUAGGACGGCCUCGGUAACGGAGCAGGAUGGGGAGGAAGAGCGUGUGGAGAGGACACUGGCUCUCAUCCGGCCCGACGUUGCCAGGGAGAACAGAGAAGAGAUCCUGGCCCAAAUCCACAAGUCAGGCUUCUCAAUAGCCCUCCAACGAGAGGUGAUGUUGACAGAGGAGCAGGUCAGACAGUUUUACUUCCAGCAUGUUGAUGAGGGCUACUUUCCUGCUCUGCUCCAAAGCAUGACCAGUGGGCCAGUGUUAGCGUUGGCUCUGGCCAGAACAGAUGCUGUCCAUCACUGGAAGAACAUCCUUGGUCCCUCUGACAUGAAUAAAGCUAAAGAGGAGAAUCCUGACUGCUUAAGGGCCCAGUUUGCUGUGGAGAAUGAGCCCAUCAACCAGCUUCAUGGCAGCGCAAGUCAUGAAGAGGCCGAACGAGAGAUCAACUUCUUUUUCCCUAAAAAACGGACGCUGGCAGUGAUCAAACCUGAUGCAAUGGAGGAUCACAGAGAGGAGAUUUUGGAGGAGAUUCGGGGCAGAGGUUUCUCUGUAACCCAGUUGAAGGAGACGGUGCUGUCGAGGGAGAUGGCUGAGGAGUUUUAUAAAGAGCACAGGGAAAAGCCUUUCUUCAGCCAGCUGGUGGAAUUCAUGUGUCGGGGACCUUGUAUGAUGCUUGUCCUGAGCAAGGAAAACGCAGUGGAGGAGUGGAGGGCCAUGAUGGGCCCCACAGACCCUGACAAAGCUAAAGAAACCUCCCCUCAGUCCCUGAGGGCUCGCUUUGCCGCGGACAUCCUCCACAAUUCAGUUCACGGCUCGUCCAGUGAGCAGCAUGCAGAGGAGAAGAUCAGUUUUAUCUUCGGUGAUAUCAGCACCGACGCAGAGCUCACCAGCGAUGGAGAGACUGAUAAAACCAUUUCAGCAAAAGAGCAAGACAACUCUACAGAUGAACAUGUAGGACUGUCAAGAGCUUCAACUGAAGAAAUUCACGAACAUGAAGAUGACCCACGUAGUUCAAAUCCUUGCAGUCCACGAACAGGAGGGAAUGGCGAUCCAGAGCAUGCCGAAAAUGGAUUAUAA